GCUGAACCGCCUCUGAUCUAAGUCCUGAUUUUGUCUGCGACGUUCAACACUGCAGACAUGCUGCUGAGGAGCUUCUGCCUGGUUUCUGCUCUGCUGUGGGCCGUCCACGCUGCUGAAGUGUUUGUAGAGAAACAUGAAGCCGCCUCGGUGCUGCGCAGAUGGAGGAGAGCGAACAGCGGCUUCCUGGAGGAGCUGAAGCAGGGGAACCUGCAGAGGGAAUGCAUCGAGGAGAUCUGCGACUACGAGGAGGCGCGGGAAGUCUUCGAGGACGACGAGAAGACGAGGGAAUUCUGGAAAACUUAUGAAAAAAAGGACCCCUGCCUGGUGAACCUGUGCCAAAACAACGGGACGUGUAUCUACAUGGGAACCAGCUAUGAAUGCCAGUGUCCGGAGGGAUAUGAGGGACGGUACUGUCAGACAGUGUUUGAAGACUCGCUGGGUUGCCUGUACCAGAAUGGAAACUGUGAGCAUUUCUGCGACGGUUCUGGAGGGAGACGUAAAUGUUUCUGUGCUGACGGCUACCAGCUGGGAGACGAUGGAAAAAAAUGCGUCCCUAAAGUGGCGUUCCCCUGCGGACGGGUGGCCUCCUCAGACACCGGACUCAACCAGACCAUGCAGGAUCAGGUCAGGCUGGUGGGAGCUAACCACUGUAACGAUGGAGACUGCCCCUGGCAGGUUCUGAUUAAGCUGAAUGGAAGCAGCCACUGCGGUGGAGUUCUGGUCCGACCGGACUGGGUCAUCACCGCGGCCCACUGCGUUCAUGGCCAGAGCCUCCAGCACCUCACUGUGGUGGCAGGUGAAAACAAUCUGGAUAUGAAAGGUGACACAGAGCAAACAUUUGACGCUAACAUGGCGAUUCCCCAUGACAACUACAACCCGGCAACAGGCGACAGCGACAUCGCCCUGGUCCGGAUGAACGGGUCUGUUGUUCUGAACAGGUACACCGUCCCCAUCUGCCUUCCCACCAAAGACUUUGCUGAACGGGAGUUGCUGCCGGUCCGAUACCACACUGUGUCCGGCUGGGGCAAGAGGACCACCGGGGGGAACGCCUUCACCUCCUCGGGCCGCCGGGUCUCACCCACCCUCCGUAAGAUGAGCGUCCCCAUCGUCCAGAACUCCCAGUGCUCCCAGAAAGCCAAAUUCAACUUCACCGACAACAUGCUGUGCGCCGGGUACCUGGACGGAAACCAGGAAAGUUGCCGUGGCGACGACGGCAGUCCGCUGGUCACCGAAUACCGCUCCACCAGCUUCCUGACGGGCGUGGUGGCCUGGGGGCGGGGCUGUUCUCGCCCGGGGUACUACGGAGUCUACACCAAGGUGGCCAUGUUUGUAGACUGGGCGGAGGAAACCAUGAAGAACACACCGAUUCUGGAUGUCCUGCAGGAGCAAACAAGGGUUUAAACUCAGAAAAGAUUCAAAAUGUUGGUCCAUGUUGUAGAACAGACAAAGUUAUUCCAUCUGUUCUCAGGAGGCAACAUAAACAAAUAAAGCCUGGAAUGAAAACAUC